GGCCACAGCCCGGACCCCGGCACCCGCCGUCCCCAUCGCACCCUGCAGACCCCGCCGGCACUCACCCUGCGGGGGCAGCGGGUGCCACAAGCGCCUCCAACCGGCACCGGGAAGGCUGGAAAAUCCCUGACCGGUCCCAGCCAAGGGAGAAACCCCUUCCCGCGGCACGGCCAUGAAUGAUUGAUGGGGAACAGGAUCCACCAUUGUCCCGGCGGCGGCGCCGGCCCCGGGUGUCCUUAACGGAGCGCGGCGGCACAAGGACGCGGAGGAGCCGGCCCGCACCGCCCCCCCCCCAAUGGCGUCCCGCAAGGCCUCCGCCGCCGGGCCCGGCACCGCGCUGGCCGCCGCGGGCCGCGACAGAGCGCACCUGGAGCUGGCGGAGCUGGGGCCGCUGCUGGAGGAGAAGGGGGAGCCCGGCGCCGCCGGCUCGGCCAGUGCUGAAGAGCCGCCGUGCCCAGCGGCCCGUGAGGAAGAGGAGGAGGUGGUCCGUGUGCUGACGCUGCCUCUGCAGGCUCACCACGCCAUGGAGAAGAUGGAGGAGUUCGUGUACAAGGUGUGGGAAGGGCGCUGGCGGGUGAUCCCCUACGACGUGCUCCCCGACUGGCUGAAGGACAACGAUUACCUCCUGCACGGGCACCGCCCGCCCAUGCCCAGCUUCCGCGCCUGCUUCAAGAGCAUCUUCCGGAUACACACCGAGACGGGCAACAUCUGGACACAUCUGCUAGGCUUUGUUUUGUUCCUCUGCUUGGGAAUCCUGACCAUGCUGCGGCCCAACAUGUAUUUCAUGGCUCCUCUCCAGGAGAAGGUGGUGUUCGGGAUGUUCUUCCUGGGAGCAGUGCUGUGCCUCAGCUUCUCCUGGCUCUUCCACACUGUCUACUGCCACUCGGAGAAGGUCUCGCGGACCUUUUCGAAGUUGGAUUAUUCAGGAAUUGCACUGCUGAUCAUGGGAAGCUUCGUCCCAUGGCUCUACUACUCGUUCUACUGCUCCCCACAGCCAAGACUCAUCUACCUCUCCAUUGUCUGCGUCUUGGGCAUCUCUGCCAUCAUCGUUGCGCAGUGGGACCGCUUCGCCACCCCCAAGCACAGGCAGACCAGGGCAGGCGUGUUCCUGGGGCUGGGGCUCAGCGGCGUGGUGCCCACCAUGCACUUCACCAUCGCCGAGGGCUUCGUCAAAGCCACCACCGUGGGCCAGAUGGGCUGGUUCUUCCUCAUGGCCGUGAUGUACAUCACGGGCGCGGGGCUCUACGCCGCCCGCAUCCCCGAGCGCUUCUUCCCGGGCAAGUUCGACAUCUGGUUUCAGUCACAUCAGAUCUUCCACGUGCUCGUGGUGGCCGCGGCCUUUGUCCACUUCUACGGCGUGUCCAACCUGCAGGAGUUUCGCUACGGACUCGAAGGGGGGUGCACGGACGACUCUCUGCUCUGAGAGCGCCUGGUUUUAGUCCAAGCUUCCCAAGUGCUUUUUAAACUCUUUUGUCUUUGCUAAAAAUCAAAGGAAGACUCGAAACCCUUGGGGGGUGGUUGGUUCUUUGGGGGAGGGGGGGUGGGUUUUUAAAGCUAAAUGACAAAUUCUGUAGCAAAGUUGACCAAAUCCUCACCCCCCUUCCCCUGCACCGCCGGGGCACCGGCAGCCAGCCCGGGGUCAGCUGCACCGGGGUCCCCGGACCCCCCCCUCGCAUGCAACCCCAGUGUGCUGCAGCCCCGCGCCGACACGUCCACUUUGACUUGUCCUUUUUCUGUUUGGUUUGUCCCUGACACAGUAAUGUAACAGAGGAGAGAGUAUUUAAUAUUUAAUACUAAGCUUUAAGAAGCCGUUGCCGGCGCCGCAGGGCCCGGGCCCCCUCGCUGCCUGCGGGAGGGGAGGCAGGGCACUGGGGCAGGGCAAUGUAGAGCUGCUGUAGCUGAUUGAAAUAAACAGGUCAGUAGUUCAGUGUUG